GAAAAAAAUACCAACAACUUCCCAAAAAAGCAUUUUAAAACUUGGUCGAUUCUCUCUCUCACUCUCUCUUCUCUCCCUCCUCUCCUCUCCGCCCUUCAUGCCAUGGAAGUGUCCGACCAAGACUUCCCCUCCGGUGGCUUCGGCGCGGUUCGGGUCACAUUAACCCCAAUCCCCACGCCCUCCUCCAAGCGCCGCCUCUCAAGCAGCUUCAAUGAGCGGAGCCGCCCCGUGCCGGCUCGCAGGAAGCUGGCCUGGGUCAACCUCGAAGGCCGGAUGGUCAAUGCCGACGAGGCCAGCUCGGCUCGAGCCAUUAAGGGUGGCUUGAGCCCAGAGCAAGCCGCGGCUUGGGAGCUGUUUACCCCCUUCCAGAGGUUCCUCUUCGUCGCCGUGAUAAGUGUCGCCGCCGCCGAGUCGAAGAAAAACCGCCACAUUUCUCAGCUGAAGAAAUCUGUGGAACUUCGGGAUCAGAUAUUAUCAAGCAUGCAGCAGAAGCUUGACAGCCUGUGCGAGCAGAUGAAUAACAUUAAGGAUCACUCGGGAACUCUUGUUCCUUCCACCCUCGAAAAUGUAGAAUUGCAGCGCAACGAAUCUUUCAGUUCCCAUAAAAUCAAGUUUGUUGAUUGUGGUUGUUGGCUUUGUGAUCAACAUCGUGAUCUUCCAAAUGGGUUGGUGGAUAACAAUGCUGAGAAAGCCUCUGAUGGGGAUCAUAUACUACGAUAUAAAGUGUCUCUGCCAAAUGUACAAGAGCAAGAGGAGCGCCGGAUGUCAGAUUUAUCAGACUUGUGCUCAAGUGUCACUUCUGCUGCAGACAUCCAGCAGCUAAACGCCGUAGAUAUUGAACAAGACAUAGACAAUCUCAAGAAGGAUUGUGAAGAGAAAGAUGGAACCAUACAGGAGCUGACCACUUUACUCCAGUCAGCUGAAAGUGCCGGUUCAAAGAGGAUUUCAGAGUUAGAAGACAUAAUACGUAGAAAGAACUCAACGAUUACAAGACUAAAGAGGGACAUGGUAGUUCUAGAACAAAAGGUAGUGCACCUUACAAGGCUUCAGAGACCCUCUUUCUCUUCCCCAGAUGCACAUGAAGAUGAUAAACAAAACCAUCACAUGAUGAACAACAUCCUUUAUGAUAUGGAUAACACUACUGGCCCUUCAUCUUCUGAUUCAGACUGCUCUCCACGGAUUCGACCACCAGCUCCUCCUGUUUUUAAAACUCGAAAGGUUCCUCAGAUCCUUGACCCUGUUCAAACAACUAAGAAACCAGAGCCUGAAAAAGCCUCAACUUCGAAGGUGAAACCAACUAACAGUCGCAUAAAAUCCCACCCACCGAAUCCUCUAAAAGCAAUCACCAUGAAUUCAAGGCAAGUACACUCAGUGAGCAAAACUUCUCAACCAAUGAGUCCAAAAUCUCAACCGGCGAGCCCAAAAUCUCAACCAAUGAGCCCUAUCACAAGAUCCAGUACCACUCAAUUUUCAAGGCCAAGGCCGACAUCAGCUGGUGGGGAUUCAAAAAAGACCAUUCGAAGGCGUUCUAUAUCUGAACGAAAGGAUGCUCCUCCACAGAAAAGAUGGGCAUAGAAAGGUUGAUGUGGAGAACGGUAUAUGCAGCUAUUGAGUUUAUUCAUCCCUGUCGUCGACGAUACUUUGAAGUAGAUAUAAGAAUCAAGCUAGUAAAUAGAUAUAUAUUAUAGGUGCUGAGAGAGUUUUGUAUUUUAUCAGAGAACUGCAGAGCUGCAGAAGUCGGGAAAUCAUCUGUUUACGUUGUGAAAUUGCUCCAUCAGCGGAAGAUCUUGUUAAUUAGCCAGAUUAUGUUUCAUACAGCAUGAAUUGUGGAAACUUGUGAUGCAAGUCAAUCUGAUGCAACUUUGAGAACAUAUGGAGGAGAGAGAGGAUAGGAAUGAUGAUGUAGAGAUGAUUUGCAUUGUAAAAAGCUCAAGCUGUGACCAAUUUUCCCCUAGAUUAUAAUCGAACACCGGAUUAACUAAAAGCCCGUUUAAUAACCA